AUGCCCAAACGUCCAUCGCGCGGACUCGAGGGCGCAGAUGCGUCCCGCAAGAGGCAAAAGGUCGUCCAUGAAGCGCCGACUUUCGAAGAGGUUGCUUCAGCGCGGCACCUGCAGCAGCUUUUGACCUUUGAGCAGGACCAGAAGCGAGCGCGGCAUGGUAUUCAAUCCCUCAAAGUCUUCCUCGACGGCUUCAAUUCGAGUAAUGGCGACAACGAUGGCCGCUUCGCCCUCCUCAGAGAGUACCUCGAGGCCUCCCGGCCGCGCGACAACACCGGCGACGACGCCGUCUACCUCGCCGACGUGAUGGAGACCUGGUUCUAUGGCGUGCAAGUCAAUAACGAGGCCAUGAUGUCCGCCCUGCCCGCCGUGCUGGCCCUACUCCUCCAAGUCGUCUCGCAGUCCCUCCAGCUCCUGCCCCACGCCCUCAACAUCGCCCACACGUUGCUGCAGGAGCGCCAGCUCAAGCUUAUUGCCAAGUGCCUCUCAGCGCCCAAGGGAAGCGGCUACGUCAUAUCGCCGACGUUGCGACUGAUGCGUGAGCUCGUGACGCUGGACGGUGGGACGCUCGCGAGGAGGGUCUUCCGGGCCCGUGACUACACGUUCGCGAGUUUCGCGAGGAACCUCGAAAUUCGGCACCUUGGCGCGGAAGGUGAGAGAGGAGGAGGCGUGGUGGAGGACCCGUCCAAGCCGUCGGUCCGGACGAACGCGAUCAAGCUGUUCCUGAGCUGCCUCAAAUUCUUGCCGUCCGAGGCGAAGAAGGAGAUGUUGAUGCUCAAGGAGGUGUUUUCGCACCUGACGUUCUUGAUCAAGGACGACCCGCCGUUCUUGAUUCUUGAGAUGCUGGCUGCGCUGAAGAAGAGCGUGCUCCUGGACGAGAAGCUGCCGCGCGAGGUCAAGUUUAGGACGUUCAACACCAAGACACUAGAUCGACUGGCCGGGUUGUACAUGUACAGACACGAUGUCGAGGGAGACGACCAGCCUUCGGUGAGGGAGGCCGUUCAUGAGUUCCUGCUCUACACCUGCACGACACCGGGGGCAGGUGUGCUGUACUCCGGAACGGGGCUGUACCCCAAGGAGCUCGAGGAUGAGGCGGCGCAGGACGUCAAGAGCUUGGACGACUACGCCCUGGAGCGCGUCGCGUGGAUGGACAAGUACAAGGACGACAUCGCCGUCGCGAACUUUGUGCUCUCCGAGUUUAUCCAAAAGUUGCGUCCGUGGUCGAGUCUAAAGCAUAGCGAGCUCAUCGUCGCCAUCUUCCAGUCGGCGCCUGAGUUGGUUGCCAGUUACUUCAUCAACAAUAAGUCAUUCACAUUUGAGCCGAAGCUUUCCAUGACGUGGAUCGGGUACGCUGCGUUCCUGUUCAACACGGUCAACCUUUCGCUACCGCCGCACUACGGUCCCACAACGGGCUACCGCCGCGUGCCCCCGCCCACGUCCAUCCUCCUCGACAACAUUCUGCCGCUCCCCCUCAAGCAGCGCGACCUGUUGCGGUGUUUCUCGUCAAAGUCCACCCUCGUCUCCUUCUUUGCCGUCCGAAUCCUCAUACUUGCCCUCCAGAAGCUCGAGGUCGCGUUGAAAAUGCACCGCGAGGCAGCCGAGUCCUCAAAAUCAAUCUGGGAGACGGCGAGCCGCAAGCUCGUUGACGAGUUCUGUCAAAGAAUUCCAGACAUGAAAGAGGUGACAAAGUGCUACAAGGCCAUGGCGGAGGAGAACGUCCUCCAGCGUGAGGCCGCCAGCAGGCUGCUGCUGCUGUAUUACGAGGUCAUCCCACAGGUCGCGCUGCGUGCCAACUUUGACGUCUCGCCGUUCCUGGUCAACUCGCUCACUCGUCUUGGCAGCAAGGCGGACGAGCCACAGAACCAGGCUCUCUCACUCAUGGAGUUGGAAAACCUGAUUGCCAUUGCGGGUUACUCGCCCGGCAUGAGAUGGUUUGCCAAGACGGAGGGCCUCGCAGCGUCGCCGUUUGUCGCGCUGCUCAAAUUUUACGUCGAGGCCGCCCAGGGACGACCAAAGUUGAAGGAGGUGCUUGAAUCCGUCGCAGUGCAGCACCAGCUGGUGCUACAGACGACUGGCCUCGUCCCUCUUCUCUGCGCCGCGCGGGAGUUGAAGAAGGGCGGCAAAUCUAGGAACCUGGACCUCAUUUGGGAGUUUAUCGAUAACUGCGCCGGAAGAUGCGCCGCCUCACCCCUGAAAUACGUGGACCUGAUGCAGGAAAGCGUUAUUCAGGGCGAGGACGAUGUCUCUGCUAGCUUGAUCUUGGCAACGAUGGUUGAGCAGCUGUCUUUUGUGGCCGACAAGGCCACGGACAAGAAGGACUUGGAGCUUCUUUCCAAGUUCCUUACGACGCUCCUGAGCUGCGCGCAGACUAAGGGGGAGACAAUUGCCGUGAUCAGCGUUGUUGCUAAGAAGAUGAACGAGGCUUUAGGAGGUCAAGCCUCGACGAUCGUCCCAAAGACUGACAACGCUGUGCUUGAUGGCGAACAUGGGGAUGAGGUUGCCACAACUGAAGAAGCUGGUUCCAAAUCACAGUGGCAGAAAUCGAACGUCAAUGAUGAAGAGAUGGACGAGUCUUCGCUAGAGGUCAUUCUCGAUGUACCGUACGAGCUUGACGAGGACAACUCUGCCCUCUUGAAGUGGAACUCCAAGUCCGUAGAGGACUUCGUUGACGAGGGCUACGCCGCAGCGCUCAUCCGCUUGCUGUGGUCAGAACACGGCAGCAUUCGCCAAGAAGCCCUCACGAACAUCAUGAAGAUGGCUGCCAAAAUCAAGGAGUCCAACUACGAAGAAAAAGACCAAAUAUGGCUCCUCCUGUCCGAGCUAGCAGAGUCGUCCCGCGGCCUCGUGACCCGCGGCCCCGUCGCUUCACCCCUCGUCUCCUUCGCCAUCGCCUCCCUCGAGGUCCUCAAGAACCCGCUGCACUGCCUCUACGCCAAGGUGAACAGCUUCCUCACCCGCGGCCCCGUAUGGCAGCACGACAAGGUGCCCCUUGCGCAUGACAUCUUCCACGGCGCGCCGUCGGAGGACGACAGGUACUACACCGAGGUGAGCUGGCUGCUGGCGUACCUGCUGGACGGCCUGCGCACGCCCGCGGACCUGGCCGUGUACCACCAGAAGAAGUGGUUCGAAAAGAUCUUUGCGCUGGCGGGCAAUCCGUACAUGCGGGCGAACCUGCGGACGAGGAUCUUGAGGAUUCUGUGGCGGGCGACGUGCAUCGAGGGCGGUAGCACGACGCUGGCGACGAGGUUUGGGAUCGUGAGCUGGUUGGAGGUGCAGGAGGCCCGGUAUCGGGGUGCCGCUGGUGGCAGCGGUGGUGCCGAGAAGGUUGAUAAGGAUACGAGGGAGACGAGGAGGCUGUAUCGCGCCCUGAGGAGGCGGGUUUGGGAGACUUGUGACCAGGAAAGGGUCGGGGAGUGGAGUCGGAAGGGUGUUCCCUUGGGUCUGGAGGCUUGA